GGCUCCAAGUUCCCUCCCUCGUUCUCCGGCGAAGCCUGCCUGAGCCCUCCCAGUCGGUGCAGACCUGACCGUCGCGGCCGCCGCCAGCUGGGCCCUCCGCGGCCGCGCGUCCUGGGCCCGUUCCGCCAGCCCCGCCCGCGCCUUGCCUGCGGCCCCGCGGCAGCGACCGCGAGGACUCGGCCGCCCCUACCGCCGGCUGUCGGCCCUCCGCCCCUAACGGGCCCAGGCUCUCCCUCCUCGCAGUCCUCGGGAGCCUGGCGCCCGGCUCUGGCCGCACCGCCAGGGACUGAGGUGAGCGGCCCAGAAAUCUCCGAAUUGGACAUUCAGAGCAGCAUUCUUGUUCUUUCUACAUCUUGAAUUAGAAACUACCAAGGCUCUGUAAGUCCCGAUAAGGAAAUAAAAGCAAUUUCCUGCUGCAGAGAGCAUUUUAAGAAAGGACAGUGUUCCUGUGACCUCAGCCUACCAUCCAUAAAAUACUCAUUCCCCUUUCAGCUCUGCCUGCAGUUGAACACAAAGACCUGGAGGAGACUCCCACCUCCUUCAGGGAGAAGAAAGGAGGCAGCGAAGCAGAUUAAAGGAACUUGUGGCUUGUGGCCUUUUUGUCCAAGGGCUGCCUGGAAGGAGAGGAAAGUGUGUGAAAGGCGCCGCGGCGGUUAAUGAGCUGUGAGAUGAGGCGUUGCUGCGGCCGCCGCUGCUGACACUCGCUCCCAGGCUGCACCCGCCGCCCGCGUUGCUUCAUGUACAUGUGUCUAUUCAGGCCGUGCGGAGGCGCCCAGAAGAGCAUCCAACACGGCUGCCGGGGAAAGACCGCCCACCAUGCCCACGGAGACCCUACAGACAGGUAGCAUGGUGAAGCCGGUCAGCCCCGCGGGCACCUUCACCUCGGCCGUGCCCCUGCGCAUCCUCAACAAGGGGCCAGAGUACUUCCGCAGGCAGGCCGAGCCCAACCCCAAGAGGCUCAGCGCCGUGGAGAGGCUGGAGGCCGACAAGGCCAAGUACGUCAAGAGCCAGGAGGUGAUCAACGCCAAGCAGGAACCGGUGAAGCCCGCCGUGCUGGCCAAGCCCCCGGUGUGCCCGGCUGCCAAGCGCGCGCUGGGCAGCCCCACGCUCAAAGUGUUCGGCAACCAUGCCAAGACCGAGAGCGGCGUGCAGAGGGAGAACCUCAAGCUGGAGAUUCUGAAGAACAUCAUCAAUAGCUCCGAGGGCUCCAGCUCAGGCUCAGGGCACAAGCACAGCUCCCGCAACUGGCCGCCCCACCGCUCGGAAGCUACUGACCUGCACCGGCACUCCUUCGCGGAGUCCCUGAAGGUCUACCCGACGCAGGGCCGCGGCAGCCCGCAGGAGGGCGGCUCCCACGUGAGCAGGAGACUGCUGGAGCAGUCGGCCGAGUCCUUCCUCCAUGUGUCCCACAGCUCCUCGGACAUCCGCAAGGUGACCAGCGUGAAGCCCCUCAAGGCCAUCCCCUGCAGUAGCUCUGCCCCUCCUCUGCCUCCCAAGCCCAAAAUCGCAGCCAUCGCCUCCAUGAAGUCCCCCGAGGCCGAUCCUGUGGAACCAGCUUGUGGAGUCAGCCGGAGACCCUCCCUCCAGCGGUCUAAGUCAGACUUGAGUGACAGAUAUUUCCGAGUGGACGCGGACGUGGAGAGGUUCUUCAACUACUGUGGGCUGGACCCGGAAGAGCUGGAAAACCUGGGCAUGGAAAACUUUGCAAGGGCUAAUUCUGACAUAAUAUCCCUCAACUUCCGCAGCGCAAGCAUGAUCAGCUCAGACUGUGAACAGUCUCAGGACAGUAACAGUGACCUUAGAAAUGAUGACAGUGCCAAUGACCGCGUGCCGUAUGGCAUUUCUGCCAUCGAGAGAAAUGCUAGAAUCAUCAAGUGGUUAUAUAGCAUCAAACAAGCUAGAGAGUCACAGAAGGUCUCCCACGUGUAAGACAGUGCGUGGAAAGGAGGGAGGGUGGGUCUCUGUGCUUAUGCAGUCGUGAAGGUUGUGAGGUCUCCUUGAAGUGUUGUGAGCUUCUUCACUCUUUGUGUUGCUUGUUGUGCAAUGUUUUCAAGUUGCAUGCCUGUCAACAUGGGGACUGACCUGGCUUCCGCGUCACCAUCGCUGCAGAGCCUGGCUGAACAUGCAUCAUCUGCCAAAAGUUUCAGGCCAGAAUCUGAUUAGGGCUUUGCUCCUAAGCAAAACUGUUUACAUGAAAAUGGUAUACAACUUCUUCGAUAUUUAUGUGGUUCUUGUGUUUUUAUAUCCUGCGCUAUUGUGUCUUAAUUAAAAGUUUUAUCAACUGGCUUUUAAGUUGAGAGCAGAAUCUUUUUGAAAUAAAAAGCCACUUUGCCUACAUGUAAGACUAUUCCCAUGGGACAGUGAUUGGGAUCUGCUGUCAAACAGAUAGUGACUGACCGAACAUAGAACCAGGCUGGGUUUUCUGUGGAAUAAAGUGGUGAGCCUGACAUUAAUCAUUUACAUGUUGAAAUUCUCUUUCCACUUAGUGAAGCAGUCGUUUGGGUAACAAUGCUACGUUUUGUGUCUGAUUCAGUGUGUAAAUGUUGGUGGUUCUGUGUAAUACCCCAAGAAAAGAUGAUCAGAUACAAUGAAGGAUGGGUAAAUCUAGGAGGUUGGAUGUUUGGGGGUUUUGUUGUUGUUCUGAUUUGGGAUAAUUCAGAAAUUUUUAAUAUUAUCUUUUGACAGAAUGGCCACCCUGAAACAGAUACUGAAUGCCUUUAAAAAAAAGUUUUGGUUUUUUUGUGGGUUUUUUUGUUUGUUUGUUUGUUUUGUUUUGUUUUGGUCAAGAACUACUAAUUUGAUGCUGUUUCUUUCCCUCUCCCUUUGUUGUUGUUUGAUUUGGAGGAAGGGAGUGGGGCUUGUGCAGGUUCGCACAGAAAUGGAAAUAUCAGCCAUAUCAGUAGAGCCUCCCAUUCAAAAGUGAAUGCACUUGGUAGCUAAACUAUAUCUGAGCAGCGUGAUUCUGUUGUCUUGUAUAUGUUAUUCUCUCAGGCUGUGGGUCUUUGUUACAGCUCUAGGAAACUGUAGAAACACAAUGCUAUGUAGCUUUUCCACCCCGUAGUCUCUAGUGCUGCCCAUCAACUUGUCCCCUUUUUUCCCCAAUAACCUGUCUUCCAAGUGGUACUCUUAGCUAUCACUCAGCUGACACCAAGAUGUGGCGGCUGAGAGGGAAACCUACAAGUGGUUUGCCUCAUUGCUUUUGCUAUGUCUGAAGUUCUCAGCAGCACUACGUUAGACUUCAUCAGCUAAUAGGAAACUUUUUAUGGUGUAAAUGCUGUAAGACUUUGUACAUACUUCAGUUGUUACGAAAUCUUUAAAGAAAAAAAUGAAAAAGUUACGCUAAUAAAUUGCUCUGGUGCAGGCA